UGUAUUUCUUCCCCCUCUUAUCUCCCUGCCCUUUCCUCCCAACUGUUCAUCAGAUAGACAGUAGAGAGGGGAAGGGAAGCCAAUCAUGGUAGGUUCCUCUUCACUACCAUCUUUCAUUCAUAUCUCCACCUUCUCUGAUAAACUCAGCACCCCCCCUCAUAAGAAGUUUCAGUUUGGAAUAACAAAAAGAUACACACACUUGUCUUGCUCAUUAUCUUCUCCUUCUCCUUCUUACAAUGUUCUUCAAAAAUCACUUCCUUUGGCUGCUUCAAUUGCAAUUCUUCUCUGGUCAACCCCUGCACAUGCUGGAUUCAUGUCAGGAAUAUCAGGACUAGAGUCUAUUCCUGGUCCUCAGCUUCCUCAGAUUGACUUCCUCAGCCGCAUAAAUGAAGAAAACCAGAAGAAAUAUGCUGAAAAUGAUGCAAGAUUUAGAUCAUCUCCCCUGGUGAAGAAACUGCUUGAACAAUCUAAGUUGAAUAAAGAGAAGAAUAGCAAAGAAAUUGAGAACAAGUACUGUUUACGUGGAGCAGAAUGGGGAGUUGGUGAUUGUUCAGCAGAGGGAAUGUCUCCAGAGGACAGGGAGAAAUUCAUAGCAAUGUUGAAAGAGAAGGUUGGAGAAAAGUAACAUGAUGCAACUAGAGCAUAGAGAGAAGAAAAUAUUUCUAAUAUAUUAUUAUGAAAAGGAAAAAUUGCACAAUUUUGGCAUGUAGGGUGCCAUAGCACUAAUGAAGAAACAAUUUUAGCCUCUUGCAAGGUUUCAAAAUUUUGUUCUUGAGCCCUUUCAUUAUACAUGGUUAUUUUAAUGUAUGAUUGUAAAGAAAAAUACUACUUUUAGAUGGUUGUACUUUCUUAUUUUUAGUAUUGAGAAAAAUCUAAGUCCUACACUGAA